AUGUUGCCUCACUUGCCUCUUCAAGCAUGGAAUAUGUCAAUUAGGCUGCUUGACAAACUCUUAUGUUUAAGUAUUACAGAUUCAUGUUGUAUAUCUGAUGAAGGACAGAGUAUUGACUCUUCCUCAACCAUGGCAGCCAAAGCAAUUUCAGCAGUAAAGGCCCUUUAUAUAAACUCGGCAAUUCUUGCCGCAAGAAGUCCUUUCUUUCAAAAGCUUUUCACAAAUGGGAUGAAAGAAUCUGAUGAGUCACAUCCAAGAAUUAGGAUUGCUGAUUCAGAAGAAAAUUCCCUUAUGGAGCUUCUAAGAUUCAUGUACAGUGGAAAGCUGACAACAAUUGAGCCCACUCUUCUGCUCGACAUCUUAAUGGGUGCUGACAAAUUUGAGGUUCCUGCUUGCAUGAGGUACUGCAGUCAGUUACUCAUAAGCCGUCCUAUGACCACAGAAUCUGCACUGCUAUACCUAGGCCAUCCAUGCUCCAUUUUAAUGGCUGCUGAAGUUCAGAGUUUAGUACGUGCAGCGAAGGGAUUCCUUGCCAAUAAAUACAAGGAUUUUGAUAAGUUCCAAGAUGAACUGAUGAACAUCUCUCUUGUUGGAAUCGAAGCCAUCUUUUCGAGCAGUGACCUACACGUGUUAUGUGAAGAUGUGGUUUAUUACUUCUUGCUCAAGUGGGCCCGUGUGCGAUACUAUUAUUCGGAGGAGGAAAGACGCAAGGUCUUGAGUUAUCGCUUACUUCCACUGGUACGCUUCAGUAAUAUGAGCUGUGAUGCACUGCAGAAGGUCCUAAGAUGUGAAGAUGUUGAUAUAGACCAUGAGUACUUAACUAAGCAUAUUGCUGAGGUACUUCUACACAAAGCAUACCCAAACCAGAUGGAAGGUGCUCUUGCAGCAAACGGGACAACAUGUUGGCAAUUUGCUGAGCGAGCUUACGACUUCAAACUUGUGAGAGUGAUUGCUUUUAAUCAACCCUGCCCACAGGUUACAGUUUACAUGGAUCUAAAGCGUGAUGAGUGUUCCCGACUCUUCCCAUCAGGAGGUAUAUGCUCGCAAAUGUUCCAUCUCGCAGGGCACAAAUUCUAUCUCUUGGCAAACUGUAAAAUGGUUGAGCAGGCAACAUCGUACAGCUUUGCCCUAUCAUUACAUAUUUUUGAUGAGCUGGCAGGCUCAAUAUGUUUAGAUAUUGAGUUUGCUGCAAGGACAAAGCCGUUAGGAAAAUUUGUGAGCAAGUACGGAUAUAAGAACACCAUGACUGGUGAUCGGUCUCAGGGAUGCGGUGAUCUUUUCGGAAUGCCAUGGUCGACGUUCAUUGCUGAUGACAGCCUCUUCAUUGAUGGUGUGCUAUAUCUGAGAGCCGACUUGACUCUGGUGGUGCAGCCUGAAUUACAGACCUGAUCUGAUAUCUCACUCAGCAGAGUUAAUUUCGUCCUGUCUUAUGUGCAGUAUCAGACGCUUCAGUCGUGGAUUUCAGUUUCAUCCCUGAAGGGCAAUGAACAGAGUAGCUGAUGUACGUGGGCCAGCUGCUACUGCAUUUACUUAGUAAUAUAUGUGCGUGUUUAUGUGUUGCCUUUGUAUGUCGUUGUUGCAUGUUGUAUCAUAUAGUUUAUGUGGAGAAGCUUUCUCUGUGUUGGUCGUUGUCUUGUAAGUGGUCUGUUGGAUCCAUGAUGCAGU